AUGUUUUAUCAAGUCCUCCCGACCAUGGUGUCGAGCCACCUGCCUACGAUCCCCUCAAUCCGCCGCUCAAUAGGUGAGAUACGCGACCGACGACUGCACAGCAAGACAAACUCCACAAGCGAACUGCCGCAGCCUGAAUCGCCACCACCUGGCUACACCUCGAGACCUAGCAGUGGCAGCGUAACACCCAACAGGCGGUCUCGUGUCGUUGGCGAUGCGGAUCUGGACUUUCCAGACGAUGUCUCCGAAAGACCAGGCAGUUCUAUGAGUUCAAAUCCCCCACCGUUUUCUGCAUACGAGACGAGGACUGGCAUCAACUGGAAGUACGCCGGUCAAGGAGUCAACCUCAUGACAUUGGCACAUCGAGAAUCCAGCAUACCCAACUACGGCAUCGACGACACAUCAUCUGUCCUUACCAGACAGCUGUACCUGCAUGGAAUGACCUACCUUCUUCGUGGCCUUCCGUCAGACCUCACACCAGAGGAACUGCUGAGCUUACAAGCCGCCGCGCCGCAAAGUCUGGUCAACGCACAGGCGGAUGCUGCAGGCCAUGCGCUUAUCCCACGUUCGGCACAGAACCGAGUCGCGCGGGACAUGCCACCGCAAGAUCCUUCCAUACUGCACCGGAUGACCGCCAGCCUCGUUCUGCAAACCUUCGUCUUUAUUCAAUUCCUCCUACCGUACAUUAAGGUCUUCCUUGCGCACGCAUACCAAUUCGAGCGCGAACAUCAGAUCACGAGACGAAUUGUCAACGGCAGCAUCACCACAGUCGACGACAUUGGGCGGAGGAGCCUUCACCUGUCACAGACCAUCUGCCAACUGAACGAUGGAAAGGUCGGUCAAGCGAUCAAUGAGAUGACCAUUUGGUGGGUUCGAGGCGUGACGGGCGGGAUGCAGCAGGGUUUCGAGGAGGGUCUGAACCGGGAGCGGAGGGUUCGUGAGAAGAGCAAGGUGGCAAGAAUCGAGUAG